AGGAGGACCGUGCUCCAUACCACAAGGGUUGAAUGUCCAUGGAUUGGUUCCGGGAAUGUGACAGGUUUGAUCCAUGUACUGGAGGAUCUGAGAACCUGGGACUUUCCAUGGUCAUGUGCAGAGCGGUGGCUCCGGAUCUCCUAUUGUGCCGUGGAUGAUUUCCAGCUUCUCCAUUUCUCAUCAAGGCUCCUGCGGCACUAGGAACCUCCACUUCAUCCCGAUUUCUCAUCUUCUCCUGAAUGACCUACCAAAGAUGGACAAGGACAGGAAGGAGAUCACCAGAAGAAUAUUAGACUUCACCUUGGAGAUCAUCUCCCUAUUGAGAGGAGAGGAUUACAUAAUACUGAAGAUGACAUCCGAAGACUGUUUUACUCCCAUCAUCCAUGACUCAGGAGGGUGGAUCCAGGGCCCCAUCUCAGAGCCUCACCCCCUGAUACCGGAGCAGAAGAUCCUAGAAUUUACCCACAAGAUGAUUGAGCUGCUGACUGGAGAGGUUCCUAUAAGGUGUCGGGAUGUCGCUGUCUAUUUCUCCAUGGAGGAGUGGCAGUAUGUAGAAGGACACAAGGAUCAGUACAUGGAUGUCAUGAUGGAGGACCACCAGCCUCUCCCAUCACCAGCCAGAUCCCGAAAGGGAAGAACAGGAGAUGAAAGUCCCAAUCCUCUUCUGCAGGAUCAUCAGGGUCAAGAUCUGAGCGCGAUUAAUUGUACGGUAAAAGAAGAGCCCUAUGUGCAGCAUGACGAGCAACAGGAGGACGUUCCUGCAGAGAUGGAAGAGUGGAAGGAGGACAUUCCUGCAGAGAUGGAAGAGUGGAAGGAGGACAUUCCUGCAGAGAUGGAAGAGCGGAAGGAGGACAUUCCUGCAGAGAUGGAAGAGUGGAAGGAGGACAUUGCUGCAGAUAACCCCCCAGAUGGCUGUUCCAGGAGCUCAGGAGGACAUCUGAUAGAAGAUGGUUGUGGUGAAGAGCCUGCUAUCAUCCCAGAUAUAUCCUCAGCCUGUCACAGCAAAGAUCUAUCAUCUGCUCCUUUUAAACCGGACCCACUGUUUGAUCUACCACAGACGGUUAAGCAAAAUAGUCACAAAAAUGGAAUUGAAAACCAAAGCGCUUGCACAGAAGAGAAUCCAUUUUCAUGUUCAAUAUGUGGGAAGUAUUUUACUGAUGAAUCAAAUCUUGUUGCACAUGAGCGAGGUCACUCAGGGGAGAAGCCAUUUUCUUGUCCUGAAUGUGGGAAAUGCUUCAUAAAAAAAUCUAAUCUUAUUACACAUAAGAGAAUUCACACAGGAGAGAAGCCACAUUCAUGUUCAGAGUGUGGAAAAUGUUUUAUUAAAAAAUCCAACCUUAUUACACAUGAGACAGUUCACACUGGUGAGAAGCCAUUUCCAUGUUUAGAAUGUGGCAAAUGCUUUAAACAAAGAUCAGAUCUUGUCAGACAUCAGCGAAUUCACUCCGGGGAGAAGCCAUUUUCAUGCUCAGAAUGCGGGAAGUGUUACAGCAUUAAAUCAAAUCUUGUUGAACAUCAAAGAGUUCACACCGGUGAGAAGCCGUUUUCAUGUUCAGAAUGUGGGAGAUGUUUCAGCCAGAAAUCGGGGCUAGUCAAACAUCAGAGCGUUCACUCGGGGGCAAAACCAUUUUCAUGCUCAGAAUGUGGAAGAUGUUUUAACCAUAAAUCAGCUCUUGUUAGACAUCUGAGAAUUCACACAGGAGACAAACCGUAUUCAUGCCCUGAAUGUGGGAAAUGUUUUCCUCAAAAAUCUAAUCUUGCGGUCAUUAUGGAGCGACAAGGUGUGAGAAAUACCCUACGCUUUCUGGUCAAGCCAGCUUUUGUGAUGUCCAUUGGAAGACAGACGAUGGUGGAAGAUGUCGUUGUAAAGGCCUUGGAGCUGGACUUCGGUUAUAUACUGUGUCUACAGGAUUUCCCUAAGGUGGGUCGAUUUGAUCUAACACUCAUUGAAGAAGGGAUUUGCUAUGACUUAUUUGAGAAAGUUAAGACUUUAAAAGAACAAGACUCUGCCUCAAUAUUGAAUAAGUUUGAUGUUUUUCCAGCAUAUCUGAUGGAAGAGAGAUCUGUUACUGUUCAUCUGUAUAAUCCCUAUACACCAUUGGAGUUAGUAUGGGCGUUCCUGUUGCAAUAUUCAACUUCCGUUAGAGGCCCGCAGAAGCUCUUCGAUAGGUGGGGUAUAGCGACGGGAAAACAUCGAUUCUGGUGUUUGAAGUUUGGGCAUGUGGCCAGCGAGUGUCCGGUUGGGAAAUGCUGCAGGAACUGUGGGGAACCAGGACAUGAGGCCGGAUCCUGUGAUAAAGCCCGUAGAUGUGAUGCUUGCGGCAAGACCGGUCAUACAUGUAAGAACUGCCCAAAGGUGUUGAUUCCAGGUCGCACUUAUUCAGAUGCCAUACGUAGAACCACAAAGUUGGUGGUGGAACGGUGGAAGCCAAGUCGUAAAGAUGGGAAUUAUGAGGUCUCUCAGGAAGCAGCUGGACCCCAAUCUGAGGGUGAACAGCUAUCGACGGCCCAAUCUGAGAGUGUGGCCCCUGAACAGAUUGUAGGGGGUGAGAUGGAGCCAAUGGAGGAUAGCGGGGGAGAGCAUCAGGGGCAGGUGGCCCAAUCCCAUCGAGACCUUUCUGACACUCCUGUCAUCCCAGAGGGAACGGGAGAGACUGUUUUUCAGUUUGGUCAAGGAGAAGGGAGAGAAUAUAGUUGGGAAGAGGCGACCAGAGGGUCAAAAAAGAAGAGACCCAAGAGAGAUACAGAUUCAGUGGACGCUGGAGAUGGUACUCCCCCUUGUGGGCAAAAACUGUUAACAUCCCCAGAUUUUGGUACGGAAAACCCUUUUGAUGUACUGGGAAUGUUGAGUCCAUUAAGUGGAGGCUCUUCCCCUUACCUGGACCCUGAAGAGGUCGAGAACUUCACGGAAGCCAUGAAGAUGCCCCCAAAUUCAUAG